GGAAACUUUCCCUUCUUCAGCAGUUUUUGGUGCGAAAGAAAAGAGAAGAGAAGGAAAGCGAAGGAGGUUUCUCUUCUCAGCUGGAGCGGCUCCCUCCUCCCUUUGCCCCUGCCCCCACGCGCGCGCCAGCCGCCACCGCCUCCGAUCCGAGCGGCCGCUUACAGUCAACCCAUCCAACCUCAAAUGUUCCUUGUGAGGUAUCAUGACUGAACACCAGGAAUGUGUUAGCAAGAGCUCUUCCUCAAGUAUUAGCAGCAGCACUCAGGAGAGUGAGGAGGAACUGACCAUUGGUACUCUUAUAACUGAAGCAACAAACACAACAAACAGUGCAAAGAGUCUUGGAAGGCGCCUUUCGCACUUAGAUUCGAUCCCGCACACUCCGCGUGUUAAUGGGAAAAUUCCAGAUUUUAAUAAUGCGACAAUUGAUCAUGAAUCAUUAUUAGAAAGAUUGGGCACUUAUGGCUUAGCUGAAUACCAAAUAGAAGGAGAUGGGAAUUGCCAGUUCCGAGCUCUGGCAGACCAGAUAUUCCGCAAUCCUGAUUAUCACAAACAUGUGAGGAAGGCGGUAGUGAAGCAGCUGAAGGAAUUCAAGAAACACUAUGAAGGUUAUGUGCCAAUGGAAUAUAAGGUUUACUUGAAGAAAAUGAAAAGAUCCGGGGAAUGGGGAGAUCAUGUGACCUUACAGGCAGCUGCAGACAGGUUUGCUGCUAAAAUAUGUCUGUUGACGUCGUUUAGAGACACAUGCCUAGUUGAGAUAGUCCCCAGAGAUGCCACUCCAACAAGAGAGCUUUGGCUAAGUUUCUGGUGUGAAGUACACUACAAUUCAUUGUAUGCAGUUGAAGGUGAGGGGUUUAUUCCCAUGAUGGUGAUCCUAAGGCUGCAGUGAUCAGUCAUCCUACAUAAAAUUCUCAAAAAAAAACCCUUGCUGCAGUGAUCACUGAUCAGUCAUCCUACAUAAAAUUCAAAAAAAAAAAACUUUCUUGUGUCGUGUAGUACUUUUCCUGAACUAACUGUUCCCUCCUCGCUUCAGACUACAUUCUUCUAUUUCGGUGCUGCAUUACAUGACUUUUGUUUGUAAUAACUGAAAAGGAUAGACCAUGGAAUUGGCAUAUAUAUAAGGGCAUUCACAACGCAGACUCUAUCAUAGAGUCUAAAGUUAUUUAUUA